CAAGUCACCGUUGCUGUAUAUCAUCACCACCACUCACUCUCACUCUCUUCUCACUUUGGGAAUUGGGAGCGAGUAAGAAAUGGAGAAAUAGAAUCUAUAAACUACAAGAAUUAAAGGUACCAUCAAUGGAGUGGCUAUAUCUUGUGUUGAUUCUCUCGUUUUCUGUCUUACCUCUUUCUAAAAGUCAAAACACCAUAACCGCAACCAACUCCAUCACUAGCAACCAAACAAUAAUCUCAGCCGGAGGUACGUUUGCAUUAGGGUUCUUCAGUCCUGGUAAUUCUACGGGUAGCUACCUGGGGAUAUGGUACAACACAAUCCCGAAACUAACAGUCAUCUGGGUUGCAAAUAGAGCAACUCCAAUUCCAAAAGGUUCAGCAUCAAUUCUUAGGCUUUCUAAAGAUGGGAAUCUUGUGGUUUUAAGUGGAAAAGAGCAGAUCUGGACAUCAAACGUGUCUGUCAUAAACGGCACAGAUGCAGUAUUACUUGAUAAUGGGAAUCUGGUACUUAGACAUGGUAAAGAUGAACUGUGGCAUAGUUUUGAUCAUCCAACCGACACGUUUCUGGCUGACAUGAAGUUAAGCUCCAACAGAAAUGGGCAACAAAUGCGUCUAACAUCGUGGGCAGAUGAUGAGAAUCCUCGACCAGGUAUAUUCUCUCUAGGGAUAGAUCCAGAUCGGCAUCAGGUUUAUAUUUGGAAAGGGGAUGAACCGUAUUGGAGAAGCAAUGUCUACGCAACUAAUUUGACAUUUGGUAGUGGUUUUAUAGGAGAUGGAAGCUGGUUUGGCCAGAGAGUUAUGGAUGGAGGAUUUCCAGCAUAUAUAAGUUAUGUUAUCGAAGAUGAUGAAGAUUAUAUUUUGUAUGAUAUUUCUACAAAUUCAAUGAGCAUACGGUUUACCUUGGUUCCUCGUGGGCAAAUUGAGCUACAGCUAUGGAUGCAAACUAAAUGGAAAGCAGUAUGGCAGUCAUCUCGAGGUCCAUGUGAUUUUUAUGGCUACUGUGGUCCAUUUACAACCUGCAACAAGACAAAUGAAUCAAUUCCAGCGUGCAAGUGUAUGACUGGUUUCCAGCCUAAAUCACACAAUGAAUGGAUUGCAGGGAACUGGACUGGUGGAUGUGUGAGAAUUAAGACAUUGAGCUGCGACAGGGGAGAUAUGUUUUCAGUAUAUGAAGGGGUGAAGCUACCAGAUCAUGCAGUCAGCAUAGGGAAAAUAAGUUUUAACGACUGUGAAUCUGGAUGCAUCCGCAACUGCUCCUGUAAUGCUUAUGCAUAUGAGAAUGUAACCAAUGAACUAAAAAUAGUUUGUCUGAAUUGGUUCAGAGAGCUUGUGGAUAUCACAAUAAGUAACUAUACUACUGCUUAUAAACUCUAUGUCCGCAUUCGUAGCUCCCAACUCGUAGACAAGAUACAUGCAAAUAAUUUCACCCACAAAAGGAAAUUCAGGAAUGAAGCUGCAGUUACGGUUGCCAUUGUUUCUGUAGGAAUGCUUCUCAUCAGCAUUUUUGGUUACUUCUUGAGAAGGAGAAGGAGGAGGCUGAUAAGGGAAGAGAGAAUAAGGAGGGAAUUACUUGGAUAUGAUUCUCUGAGCACAUCCAUUGGAGAUGCACAUAACAGCAUAGAGCUUGUAUCGUUUAGCUUAAGGAGCAUACUCGAAGCAACAGGUUCCUUUUCAGUCGAAAACAAGGUUGGAGAGGGUGGGUUUGGUUCUGUUUACAAGGGUUCCUUGCCUGGAAAUAGAGAAGUGGCAGUUAAAAGGUUAUCAGCAAGAUCAUCACAAGGACGCGAGGAGUUUAUGAAUGAGUUGAGGAUUAUUGCAAAACUUCAGCAUAAGAAUCUUGUUAGGCUAUUGGGAUGUUGUGUGGAAGAAGAUGAAAAGAUUCUCCUGUAUGAGUAUAUGCCUAAUCGAAGCCUAGACAAAUUCCUCUUUGAUCCAUCGGAGAGUGUGAAUCUUGAUUGGAGCAAAAGAUUCAAUAUAAUAGAAGGGGUAGCUCAAGGACUCCUUUAUCUGCACAAGUAUUCUAGACUGAGAGUUAUCCAUAGGGAUUUAAAAGCAAGCAAUGUUCUUCUGGAUCAGAUGAUGACUCCUAAAAUUUCAGAUUUUGCAUUGGCAAGGAUUUUUGGGAUGAACCAAACUCAAGACAAAACCAACAGAGUUGUUGGUACCUAUGGAUAUAUGGCACCUGAAUAUGCACUUCACGGAACAUUUUCUGAGAGAUCCGAUGUAUUUAGUUUCGGGGUCUUACUGCUGGAGAUUGUGACUGGUAAAAGGAGUACUUCUACUUACACCGAAGGCUUUCUUACAAUAUUGGAAUGGGCAUGGAAAAGGUGGAUGGAAGGCAGAGGUUUGGAGUUGAUUGAUCCUUUAAUUAGGGGCACCAGUAGCAACGCUGAUCUACAGGCAGUAAAGUGCAUAAAUAUUGGACUUCUGUGUGUUGAAGAAAUAAUGAGUGAAAGACCAACAAUGUCACAAGUGGUUGCCAUGCUAAUCAAUGAAACCACAACUGUUCCAUCGCCCAAAAAGACUGCUUUUACAAUUCAUAGAAGUGCCCAAGUGUCGAAUAGAUUCUCCAACAACCAAGUUACAGUAACCAAUCUAGAGCCUCGAUAGAGGGGGGAUUUUAAAUGCACCAUGUAACUUCUCAUUUGCCACCUUAGGUUGAGUUUUUUAAUCUGACAUCUGUCAACUUCUCUU